AACAUGAAAGGAAUAAAAAGAGGCACAAAUAAUUUUAAUAUUUCAAUGGUCAUCUCUGCUCCAGGUGAGAGAAACACGUAUCAGAAGAGUUCAUUCAUUGCUUAGAUAGACACCACCAUUUUCUUUCGGAGAGAUUAAUGUGGUUGCUUUUUUUGUUUGAUCCUAUAAUGAUACAUGUCGCUCUCACCUGGAGCAAAGCUGCCCAAUGCUUCAUAACAUCACGAAGGAGUUGAGAAGCUGCCAUCAAAUCUUUCCUCUAAAGUCUAAACUGGACGUUGGAUCAGAUUAUUAGGUGAUCUUGUGGCUCAGAUUUGAAGUCACAUGGUGCACGUGGAUAGAGAAGCAACAUAGGAUAAGUCAGCAUUCAAGAUUUCCAGGUGGGACCCACGCGAAGCUGACCAGCGAAUAGAAAGAGUGGGAUAUGCCACGCGUGUUGGUCAAAGUUUCAAACUUACUAUUCAUCAUCUUCUUCCUUUUACCUGCGGAAUUAGCUGCAGACUUACCUGCAGAAUUUCCUACGGAUUUUCCUUCAGAUUUCCAUGCUUUUGAAAACCUACAAAAACGGCCAUGAACAAAAACAAGGGGCACCCAAGUCGACUUAAAAUGACCUCCUGAACACGAUGGUGGCGUUAGUUUUGGCUAAAAACGCAUGGAACAUGGUAUUCGAAUGUUCACAUACUUGAAAACUCAAUAAUGGUGCAUGAGAAUUCUUACGUGGAAACUUGCAUGCCUGCUAUGUACCUUCAUGCUGCAGAGUUGAAUCAUUCUUGAUGGCUUUAGCUUAAGAUCAAAGCAUUGUACCAUUAUCUUUCACCAUUUCUUUUUUAAUUUAACUUUAAAUGUAAUAAAAUUAAACCAAAAAAGAAAUAAAAAUGUUAUGGGCCAUAGGUUGGUCGUGGGAGGCCCUUAGCAUCAUUAGAAUCAUGUUUGGAUCAUGAAAACUUGGCCUCUUUUGGAAAAAAAAACAUUUUUGAUCAAUGUUGGUUUCAUGCAUUUUCCCAAAAAAUAGCCAACUUCAACAAGGCAUAAACCCCUCAAUUUUGAUCAUAUGAAGGAGUUCUUGUACUUUUUAGAAACCUCAAGAUGUCCUCUACAAGCUACUUUGGAAACUUUUUUUCAUUUGGAGAAGUUAUCUUAAUGUUAUGGCCUUAGAUAAAAAACCACUUUUUGUUGACUUUGAAAAUAACCUGUAAUGUCUGAGCUCAUAUUUUUCAAAUGGUGAAUCCAAUGACCAUGGGAUCAAUUGCAUUUGAAAUAUAAUUGAAUUUCAUUCAAAACAAGCUUUGGUUGGAAUUUUUUGAAUGAACGAGGAGAGAGUUAUGGCCGAUCAAAGUUCAAUUGACUUUUUAGGAGAAAACCCUAAUUUUGAAACUUAGGGUUUUGUUGAUUUUUGAUCUUUUCUUGAUGAAUUAUGAUCAACCAUUGAUCAAAUGAUGAAUCUUUUGACAAAAUAUGGAUGGUGACAAAAAAAUUCAUUUUUGACUGUCUGUUGACUUUUCGGUCAAACUGGUCGUCUGUUGACUGUUUGACCUGUUGAUUGUGCGUCUGAGUGAAUUGAAGUUUGAAAAUUUGUAUGGUGGUACUUUGAGACAUAUGGAGGUCCAUGAAAUCCAUUUGAGGUCUCAAAAAACUUGUUCUCCUGAAAAAAAACAAAAACCCUAUUUAAGGCUGUUUGUGUAGGAGACAGUUAAGCGUACCUGAUUUUUGUACAAUGUUGAGUCUCUGCGGAUCAUGUGAUUACCAGAAGACUUCUAGAACAAAAAUCUUGGAAUUUUGAAAUGCAAAAGAUUGAUUUGAUUGAUGGUACAAAACACGGAGAAUCGCGCUAUCAGCCGGUUUGACUGUCAACUGGCUGUCUGGGCAUUAACGUAACAGUUAAAGUGAAAACUCAACAGUUAAAGUUAAUUUUUUCUUUUGUUUUUUGUUGUGUUAAUGGUGAAAAUUUAUUUACAUGAGUUGUUAGAAAAACACAAACAUAAUAAAUAAAUAAAUAAAAUAUACUGUACGUGAACGAAAUUAUCGAUAAUAACCUUGAAAAAUAUUUAAUGCACAGAAAAAUAAAUAUUUAACUAGCAAUAAACACACAAAAUAUUAUCUUAAUAAUUAAAUGACAGUAUGACAAAUAGUACGACAUUUAAUACUGACAGUACAAAUAUUACAUAAUAUAAUGAACAGUACGACAAAUAUAAUGAACGGUACAUUAUUUGAAAGCGAAAGAUACGACAAACUUUAAAAAUGACGAAUAAAAACCCAUGCUAUAAAUAAAAAACAUAUAGAUGAUCGGGAGUGUAAGCAACCCAGGUCUGCAUUUUUCAGGACUAUGCAGACAAAAAAAAGGACAUGAUCACCACCAAAACAGUGAUGACCAUAAGAAAACACGUAUCCAUCCACUUUGCCAUUUUUGUCGGGGAAGAAGAGAAGAUAAAUAUGAGGUAGAAGUUUGAGAAAUGAGUUGAAGGCCAAGGAGCGCAAGCAGAACUUUAACAGUUUGACCAAAAUGCCUUGAGCAAAAAGGUCGAAGUGGGAAUGCAGCAUAUUGAAAGGGCUCAAGCCUUAGGCAAAUAAGUUGAUAAGCUUACCUCCUUUAAAUCUCUAUGCGAAAAGCGCCUGAUGUUGCAAAGGUCAAAAUACAACAAGAUGAAGGCCUCUCUUCCUUUCUAAAUCUUCUGUUUGAAUUUGUACCUUUGUUAGUAAUUGUACUGAAUUAUGGCCCUUCGAGGCCUUUUGUAAUGACUAUAGCCAUUUUUUGCAAAAUUUAAACCUCUUCAUUUGCCAAUGUUGGUUUCAAUUAUUCUAUGCGUAUUAUUAUUGAAAUAUUUUAAUCUCUUGAACUGUAGGUCGAUAUUUUUUCAAAUAUUUUCUAUUCACUCUUAAGAUUCUUCUGUCUUCAUUUAAUUCUUCGAUUUCAUACGUGCCGUUAGAAAAACUUGGAUAAUUUAGAAAGGGUCUUCCCAUUUAGGGGACCAUUUACCCAAGGUCUUAUCCUUUCUAUCCAUGGGCAAAAUAACUUUCCAAACCAAAUCUUCGGUCGAAAAUGAUUUAACUUUAACUUUCUUGUUAUAAGCUUUUCCACCUUCUUUUUCUGCCUUCUCAAUAACUCUAAGACAUUUAAUCUUUCCUCAUCUAAAUCAACUAAUUCAUCCAACAUCAUAUUCCAAUAAUUCUCAAAUAGAAUCUCAUGUUGUCUUUGAAUCCUCGUCGACUGCACAUAUAUUUCGACAGGCAAAACUGCAUCAUGCCCAUACGUUAGCCAAAAAGGUGUAGCAAUUAUGGCUUCCUUGGGAGACGUUCGACAUGCCCACAAGAUUUGGUCUAAAGCUUUGUGCCAAUUCUUUGGCUUUUCCCUACAUGCUUUUUAUUACGCCAAUUAUCACCUUAUUUUUUGGGUGUUGUUGUCUUAGCCCUGAAUCUCGAUCCAAGAAUGAAAGAAGCUCGAUAAAAAUGUGAAGCCAAAUAAGAGGAUAAUUUAUGGUACGUUAAAAAACAAAAUAUAAUUCUUAUAGUUAUUCUAGAACCUAAGGAAUACACGUGUACUUGCUCUAGAAAAACAUAUGAUCUAAAGAACGGGUCAUAUUCUAACAUUUAUUUGCCUAGACAAUAAUAUGAUUGAAUCCAUGGUUAGAGGUCUCCAAAACUGUAAUAAACUCUCUAUAUAAAGAAUCGCAUACGUCCAAUUAAGAUACAUGCAAAAUUUUCUAAAUUUUAUAUUUCUCAUCUCCAAUAAUCUGACUUCGGCGUCAAAGUAUUUGUAGAUAUCAUCUCCUUCAUCAAGUCAGCACAAUAAAGUUGAAAGAUCACCAAACCCAAAACUACCCAUAUCUAACGAAAUCAUCUUCAAGAAAAGCUUGCUUAUGUAAUAUUAUUCGAAGAAAAUAUGUUAAAUGAUUAGCUCUUCAUUUUGAAAAUUUAGUGCGAUUUGUGUUUUUCCUGUAAUCACCUUUAGAUGCUGGAAAAGAAAAAAGGGUGACCAUGUUAGGUACUAUUGAAAUUUGAAAAUGCCAGCUAUUUCCAACAAAUAACAUGACCCGCGAGGUUAAUAAAGAUACUAAUCCAUAAUACAAACGGCCAUGAUCUUCUCAUAAAAAAACAAACGGUCAAGAUCUAUCUAAACCGAAUUUGCGGUUCAUUUGAGUCAAAUUUCAUUUGCCACUAACUUUCCUUUUUUAAAACCAAGAACGCGGGUACCUCAACCGCACAACAAGACAUGUUCGUUAAAAAUAGAAAACACAACACAUAACUAAUCAUUACUCACACACGUUGCUUCAUUCAUUUCGGAGAUUCUAAGCAGUUAUUAAGAAAUGGCAGAAGCUGAAGAUAUUCAACCUCUUGUUUGUGAUAAUGGAACUGGAAUGGUCAAGGCUGGAUUUGCGGGAGAUGAUGCGCCGAGGGCGGUGUUCCCUAGCAUUGUUGGUCGUCCGCGCCACACUGGUGUGAUGGUUGGUAUGGGACAAAAGGAUGCAUAUGUUGGCGAUGAAGCACAAUCAAAAAGGGGUAUUUUGACUCUAAAGUAUCCAAUUGAGCAUGGAAUUGUUAGCAACUGGGAUGAUAUGGAAAAGAUCUGGCAUCAUACUUUCUACAAUGAGCUGCGUGUGGCCCCGGAAGAACACCCUGUUCUUCUCACGGAAGCACCGCUUAAUCCGAAGGCUAACCGUGAGAAAAUGACUCAGAUUAUGUUUGAAACCUUCAAUACUCCGGCUAUGUACGUCGCUAUUCAGGCCGUGCUUUCGCUUUAUGCUAGUGGCCGAACAACCGGUAUUGUUCUUGAUUCCGGAGAUGGUGUCAGCCACACAGUUCCUAUCUACGAAGGCUACGCCCUCCCGCACGCAAUCUUGCGUUUGGAUCUCGCAGGUCGUGAUCUCACAGACGCCCUGAUGAAAAUCUUAACCGAGCGUGGAUACUCUUUCACCACUACAGCCGAGCGGGAAAUCGUGAGAGAUGUGAAGGAAAAGCUAGCCUACAUUGCCCUUGAUUAUCAACAAGAGCUAGAAACCUCGAAGACAAGCUCAGCUGUUGAGAAGAGCUACGAGUUACCUGACGGACAGGUCAUCACGAUAGGUGCGGAAAGGUUCCGUUGUCCCGAAGUACUCUUCCAGCCGUCGAUGAUUGGUAUGGAAGCUCCUGGUAUACAUGAAACAACAUACAACUCAAUCAUGAAGUGUGAUGUUGAUAUUAGGAAGGAUCUCUACGGAAACAUUGUAUUGAGUGGUGGUUCGACUAUGUUCCCCGGGAUUGCUGAUAGGAUGAACAAGGAGAUUUCAGCUUUGGCACCAAGUAGCAUGAAAAUUAAGGUGGUUGCACCACCGGAGAGGAAGUACAGUGUCUGGAUUGGAGGCUCCAUCUUGGCAUCUCUCAGCACAUUCCAACAGAUGUGGAUUGCAAAGGCGGAAUAUGAUGAAUCAGGCCCUUCAAUUGUUCACAGGAAAUGCUUCUGAGAAUGCAGAUAUUUUUUUACUAAGAAAUACUAUAAAUGGUUGAGGAUCUUUGACUUUUUUUAUUACCAUUUUUAUAAUGUUUGUUAUCCUCUAUUGAUAUUUUGAGAUAAGAGCAUGAGAGCAAGGUAAGAUAUGUAACUUUUUUAUUACUAUUUGGGUAUAGAAGUGCUAUGUAUUGUUACUGAUUUGGUUUGGAUUUUGAUGAGUAUAAUAGUUGUAUGUAUUGUAUUUACUAUUUAUUAUUAUCUGCAAUGAAAGUGUCAUUGUUUGAUCA